GGGUCAGGCCAGCAGGCUCCGUGAGGGGCAGCGAUGCCUGGGGCAGCCAUGCAGGAUCCAAAUGAGGAUACUGAUUGGAAUGACAUCUUGAAAAAUUUUGGAAUUCUUCCUCCGAAAGAAGAACUGAAAGCAUGCCAUUAUCAACAAAGCUUGCAAGAAUGGAAAUGUCUUCAGAGGAGGCAAAAGUAUAGGGAGCUAAGAGAAAGCUGUAGAAGGCAGUAUCUAAACAAAGUUACAAAUGUUCCAGAGGAUGUUUGGGUUAUAAUUCAUCUUUAUUGGUCAAGCAUCCCAAUGUGUUUACUGGUUAAUGAACACCUCAACCUGCUCUCCUGGAAGUUUCCAGAAGUCAAGUUUCUCAAAGCCAUUGUAAACUGUUGCAUUCAGAAUUACCAUGAUAGAUACAAUAUUUAUUAUAUGAUGACACUGCCAGUGUGAAGCACUUCUGCUCAUGAAGACACCAAUACAAAAACCAGUGAUGUGAUGAAACAGCUUGAGAGCCUUUUGAUGCAAAUCAUCUGUUCUGGCAUAAGUUAGUUCAUAUACAGUUUUUCACUCCUUUGGUAAGCCUGAAACUAU